CAACUUCUGACCAUGACUGAGCGGAACACUUUCACCGUCGAAGUCUGUCUCACAGAGUUCAUUUAGGUAGUGCUUGUGUCGACCUCAUUUUGUAUGUUUGCAGACUUGUUUGUCCGAACAGAGUUUUCGUCAUGGUGCGAGCGAGACACUCCCAAGUCAUAAGAGCUAUUGGAAACAAUGUCAUGGCGAAAUGUUUGGGAUAUGAAGACAUUGUGGAUCUGUGGUGACAGGGUUCGUUUAGCCAAACCCUUCUCGACACCAGUUUCCUUAAGCGCGACAUACCGUGGGUCGAGUGUUAACCCCACGUAGCGUUUGAACCGAUGCCCUGAUAUCGGUACUAUCCUUUACCCUAGCGGAAGCAUUACUCACUGACCGCAACAAAUCGCGCUCUCACCGAUUAUGCUGAUGGAUUCACUCGUUGCUGGCCUGAAUAUAUCUGACAUGUUUUCAUAGGUUGUCACAUGCGUUUUGGCAGUCACAUUCUUCACAUACACUUAUCACUGGCUGCUGACGAAGACUUGGUCUUUCAAGGUUUAUGCCCAAGAAGAGAGCAUAUGACUUUUCAUGGCACGAUCAAGCUAAUUAUGGUAGACGUCACACAGGAAGUUCGAGUUUGAGCAAUUUAUCUGUCACUUGUUCAUACGCGGAUACUCCAGGUGGAUAGACGAAGAGUUCAAAUGGAAGCUAUAGUUUCUCUCCUAUCUUUCAGCCUCUAGUUUCGUCACCCUUGUUUCAUUGUUCUACCUGCAUUAAUGUUCAGACUUGCAGUUGUUGCCAUUCUUCAUCUUCUAUAUGUUAUCUGCAACUGAAAGGAGGGAGGUAUCGAGUUUUCACCAUACUGCGCGAAGUAUCAUGGGGGCUCCGAACAACUCUGCGCCCAGUGUCUCGUCCACAAGGUUCCCCUCUCACCAGCUGAGCAACGGGCUCUAUGUAUCUGGACAUCCUGAUCAAUACAAAGAUAAAAUUCCAACUAUGGGCGUAUCUCAGAUGCCUUACACUGGUGGGGAUGUGAAGAAGUCUGGAGAGUUGGGUAAAAUGUUUGAUAUUCCGGUUGAGAUUUCCUCCUCAUCGAAAUUGAGGAAAUCGGGAUCUACCUCAGGGAACCCUUUAAAGAUUGUUAGUUCAGGAGCUUCGACUUCGCAUUCAGGCCCUCUUCCAUCUCUUGAUAGCACGCAAUCCGCUGCGGUGCAAACCGGGCUCGUAAGUUCGAGCAAUUCUUGGCGAAGUUCUAAAUCUGGACCGAGUGUAUCCAAAUCAGGUCCCUUGAUUGGAAGCGGACUGUCAGCUUUUAUACAGAGUUCAAAGUCAGGGCCGUUGACGAGAGGUGUCGGUGGUGAGUCCGGGGGAUCAAGUAGCUCAAAGAAUCAUAUUCCUGGAACAGGUUAUAUCGGAAGUGCUCCAGCUCUCUCGCUAUCAGGUUCAGUAUCUUUGAACGGCGGAAAGAUAUCUGGUCCCCUACCUCCUCCUCUUCCAGCUACCGGGCUGAUCACCUCUGGACCGAUCUCGUCGAGUCCUCUCUCCGCAAUAGGGGUACCCCGAAAAGCACAGUCUGGUCCGUUGGAAUCAAGCGGGCCGCCUGGGAAGCCCUUAAGCGCGGUCGGAAGCACUAGUCAAGCUGUCAACAACUUGAGUUUCGACGAAGGAUACUCGUUCAGGAAAAGCUUUCCCAGAGUAGUUAUAUGGACUGUCAUACCUUUGUUCGUAAUGGGCUUCAUCGCUGGAGCAUUUAUUAUUGCUGCCGUUCAGAAUGCCGUACUUCUGAUAGUUGUAGCUAGCUUAUUCGUUGCUGUUGCUACCCUCCUGCUAUGGAAUACAUGCUGGGGACGGAAGACCGUAACAGGGUUUCUCGAGGAGUAUCCACACUCAGAAUUGGUCUCUGCCAAAGAUGGGCAGUACGUCAAAGUCACUGGGGUAGUAACAUGUGGCAGUGUUCCCCUGGAAUCUUCAUAUCUGAAGGUGAACCGUUGCAUCUACACUUCGACGGGGCUUUACGAGUAUAGAAGCCUAUUUUCGAAGCCCGCCAAAGAGACUCAUCAUGUUUUUACUUGGGGCGUGAGGCACAUGGAGAGACAUGUGGUCGACUUCUAUAUAUCCGAUUUACAGUCCGGAUUAAGAGCCCUCGUGAAAGCCGGAUUUGGAGCACGACUUACACCUCAUGUCAUGGAGAGUUCAGUUCUGGACGUAAAUACGAAGAGUAAAGAUCUACCCACAGAAUUUCUGCACUGGCUGUCGGACCGAAACCUCUGCACAGGCGAACGACCAAUGCGACUCAAAGAAGGGUAUAUAAAGGAGGGAAGCACUGUAACUGUUUUUGGUGUAGUACAGAGGCAGGAGAACGUGCUUAUGAUUUUGCCGCCUCAGGAAGCCAUUUCAACGGGAUGUCAGUGGUGGAAAUUCCUUCUGCCUGCUAGUCUUGAUGGUCUAAUCGUCAUCUCAAACGACACCAUUGAAAAUGAAGGCAUACCUUUGUGAUCCGGAGGUGUCUCGAAAGCUACUUCAAGUUAAUUGCAGAAAGCGCCCUCAGCUGUAGCUUACUAUUAUUAUUCAUAUGAUUAGGAAAUUAGGCGAAUGAUUCUGUGCAUGGAGCUCUGCCGGGGAUAACUUUCAGUUUAGUCUUAUAUGGCCUCUUAAACAGCAUACUGGCCGAAGUCGAAGUCUAAUUCUCGCAGCUGCGUGCAGAAAGCUCAUCAUGUAUUGGUGAUUGUAAUCUUUAGUACCCAAUUUGCUAAUAGGAUUUAAUUCAAUAUUGCAUGUCCAAAGCUCCUCCAGUUAGGUCAUGUUACAAUGAUGCAGUUUCUGAUACAACCGCCCGUAAAUUGUAAUUCUCGAGGAGAGUACUCAUGUUGGUCUGAGAUAUCCACCCCAGAUCACAAGAUCGGUUUACACCUCUAUUUCAGUUCCAAAAUCAGACCGGGUGAUUGAGAUUUUGUUCUUGUAUCUCAUGAAUAAAGUCGCGGGAAAGGGCUCAUGGUAAAGGAGAGGCUCAAAAUUCUACUCAUUAUUUUAGAUGAUUAGAAUCUGUUUUCCCGCCAGGAUGGGAGUGAAGGAAGAAACACGAGAAGAUCUAGUAGCAAAGGUGUACAGAGAUGAAUUGCCCACUUGGUAGAAUAUUGCGGUAAUUACUAUUUGUUUCUCGAGGGUUUUCAGUCCAAAAGACGUUUCAAUCUCUUCCUGUUCUACCUCCUUACAGACAUCUUGAGAACUGCAAG